AUGCGUGUGGGUGAGCUGAAAAGCCAACGCGGUAUAACAGAACUCGCGUACACGCUCUUGGCGUCGCUGCCUCGGUCCAGACUUGCGGUCCUGCAGGCCAGGAUCGCGCCGCUCCUGAAGCUUGAUAUUGUGGGGCUGCUUCCGCCAGAAGUCUCGCUCCACGUCUUCUCGUAUCUUUCUGCCCAAACACUGUUGACGUGCGCGCUGGUGAGCCGAAGAUGGCGCGCCCUGGCAGACGACGAGUCGCUUUGGAGAAACCUUUGCCUUGCGCGGAAGUGGGAGUGGCGGGUGCCGCCCAGGACAUCCAUGCCGGGCGCUGACAGCUGUCCCGAACGUACACCCACCGACGACGUCGACUCGGACGACGAGGGCAUGGGCGAUGAAGAGGACUCGUCCGAUGACGAAAUGCAGCCCGACGAUUCGGGCUUCGCGUCCAUGGAUGUGGAAGCGCCCCUGCCUUCCCCGUCGUCCGCCGUGCUGCCCGUGGCGGGCCCGUCCCACCAGGUGCGAUCAUCCCGGACACGCCAUUCCGCGCCGUCGGCGCUGUCUUCUUCCGCCACCCGGCCACAUCUGCGGCCAAACUACAAGCUGCUCCACCAGACGCACGUCCGCCUCCGCAACAGAUUCACGGCGGGAUCGUACACGCUGUCGAAUCUGCAGACGCGCGGCGCGCCGAACUCGCACUCAAACACAAUCUACUGUCUGCAGCUGUACACGUACCCCGAGACGGGCACGCAGGUGCUGUUUACGGGCUCGAAGGACCGCACGAUCCGCGAGUGGGAUCUCGCGACGGGCGCGGUGAUCCGCGUGCUCGACGGCGUGCACGAGAGCAGUGUGCUGAGCAUCUGUGUGCACCGCGGCCUCCUCGCGAGCGCGAGCAGCGACCGCCGGGUGGUCAUUUGGGACCUCGCAAAGAGCGUACCCCUCAAGAUCAUCAGGGACCACGAAGACAGUGUGCUGUGUGUACGCUUCGACGAUCACAGGCUCGUCUCCUGCUCGAAAGACAGGACAGUCAGGACGUACUUGUUCGGAGUCUCGGACAUAACACGGCAACACGUCCUAGGCGCGCAUCGCGCCGCGGUGAACGCCGUGGCCAUCUCUGGCAACUACAUCGUCUCUGUGUCGGGAGAUCGGUCUCUGCGCGUCUGGAACGCCGAGACAGGCGCGCUGCUGCACACCCUGGAGAACCACCAUCGCCGAGGGAUUGCUUCCGUGGACUUCAGCCAUCCCUUCGUGCUGUCCGGCUCUUCAGAUAAGCACAUCCGGCUCCUCGAUGUGUCGACCCUUCAGGGCUGGUCCACUUCGCCUUCGGCGGACAAUAAGCCGCCCGUGGUGUCCGAGCUGGGAAGAGGGGUCGUCUGCGAAGCAUGCGGGAGCAAUGCACCCGCUGGCGAGGGUUCGCAGCCACCGCCCCGACGUCGCGCCCACGAAGAUCUCGUGCGGAGCGUGGCGUUGGGUUCCGAGUGUGUCGUCAGCGGAAGCUACGACUUCACGGUCAAGGUCUGGGACCGCCAGACUGGCGCGCUGGUCGCUGAUUUAGCCGGGGGGCACACUGGGAGAAUCUUCUGCGUCGGCUUUGACUGUACCAAAAUCGUAUCAUGUGGAGAAGACCAGAGGAUUUGUAUUUGGGAUUUCUCGCACGGGAUCGAUACCUCGUUCAUCAAGCUGUAG